ACUCAGCGCCGCCCCUGAAACUGCCGGGAGACGGGGCGGUGGCGCCGAGGAGAUGUUCUGCCUGCUCAUGCCCUGCUAGCUCUACCUGUACAUGCUGGUAGACCCACGGCAAACCUGGGGAGCAGGCAGAGAGACUUUUUGUUCCAGCAAUAUGGAAGAUAGUGUCAGCUUGAAGUUCCUUCAGCAGCUUCUGCUCAUUGAUGAAAAUCUGGUGGCUGAAGAUGUCUCAGCUUUAAAAUUUCUCUGUACUGACUUGCUCCCCUUCAGAAAACUAGAAAAUGUGAAGUCAGCAGUGGACAUCUUUCAGUUUCUUAUGGAUGAAGACUAUCUGAACAAGGAAGAUACUUUCCUACUAGCUGAACUCUUAUACAGAAUUAAAUGUUACCCCUUGCUCAUGAAAGUUGGUUAUACCAAAGACAAAGUGCAAGAAUGCCUGCAUGAGAAGGGAAGAGUGUCUCCAUACAGGCAGAUGCUGUAUGAGUUGUCAGAGAACAUUACCAGCGAGAUGUUGAAGGAUAUCAUAUUCCUCCUUCAAGACUAUCUUCCAAAGCGACGGACAACUCUUUCUGCUCUGGAAUUGCUGAUUUUCUUGGAAAAACAGGGCCUUUUAAGUGAAAACAAUGUACAGAUGCUGGAGGAAGUCUGUGUGCAUAUUUCACCUGAUCUUCUGGAAACAGUAAACUGCUACAAAAGGACUAAAGUGUCUCUGCCUCAGCAAGAGAACACUCUGCCAGUCAAGGAAUCUUCACUCUCUCACGCUGGAGACAUCAGUGUAUUACUCACUUCCUCACAGGAGACCUCAAUCAAACCUGUCGGUUCUAGUAUCAAUGAUGAAAAAGCAGCUAGUCUUGUACAAGGCUUCUCUGAAAUGAGCCUGGAGCUACCUGGAAAAUUCAGCAAUGUAGAAAAUGAAUCCAAGAAGAUUACAAGCUACAAAAUGGAUGGACCACACAGAGGAUUUUGUCUUAUUAUUAAUAAUGUUAACUUUGGUAGCUCUCUUCAGGAGAGGACGGGCUCUUGCAAAGAUGCUGAAGAACUGCAGCGAGUGUUCACAUGGCUUGGUCUUGACGUGAAGACUUACAGAGAUCUGACAUCUCAGCAGAUUGAAGAUCUCAUGCUAACGUGGCAGCGUUUGCCAGAUCAUAAAGACAGGGACUGUUUUAUAUGUUGUAUUCUAUCUCAUGGAGACUCAGGGGCAGUCUAUGGGAAAGAUGCAAAACUUGUGUCAAUCCGCAAGAUCAUGUCCCACUUCACUGCCAGACAAUGUCCGCAGCUGGCUGAAAAACCCAAACUCUUCUUUAUCCAAGCAUGCCAGGGUAAAGCAGUACAGUGUCCUGUCUAUGUUGAAGCUGAUGCACAAACUCCUGCCUUGUCUUCCAUGCAACAGAGCCUUUCUCCUGAAAGUAUUCCUGAAGAGGCUGAUUUCCUCCUAGGCAUGGCCACAAUUGAUGGAUAUGUCUCUUUCCGGCACACUGAACAGGGUACUUGGUAUAUUCAGGCCCUAUGCAGCAAGCUACGAUUAUUGGUCCCAAGGGGUGAAGAUAUUUUGUCGAUUCUUACAGAAGUUAAUGAAGAUGUGGGCAGACGCGUUGACCGCUUGGGGACAAAGAAGCAGAUGCCUCAACCAGCAUAUACCUUAAGAAAAAAAUUUAUAUUCCCAAUACCUAAAGAACAUCCUCCUUCACAGCAACUUUGAGGCUUUUGAAAUACAUCCUUUUAUCAGCACACCUCAUUUAAUUGCAGUUCACCACACUACCUGUUUUAAUCAAUCUUUUGCCAAACAAAACUGUGAAACUGAAGGCAACAAUUAAAACAAUCCAUGUGCCAUCAUGUUACUUUUUAUGA